CACAAACCAACCAAGCGCCACCUAUAUAUCUCCCUUCCACCCUCCCAUUCCCCUCUCAGCUUCUCGCUCUGAAGCUUUACUCAAACUAGUAAUUUUAGUUUUCUCCUUUACCUUUAGAUAGUUACCCGGCACCGGCGGUAUUGUAUUACCAGAAAGAUUGUACCAAUCCAAGAAACAGAGGAGGAUCAAGAGCUAAUUGGAGUGGCAAGACAUGGCUGCGGCGAGUUUGAUCAGGGCGCCCGUUGGGCGGCUGCCGUGCCACGCUCCGGGGAGGAGCGGUGGCGUGGUCAGGUGCUCGCUGCAGGGCGCCGUCGUCGGCGGCCGGACCGAGUGGCUCAGCAACUGUGCCGUGCUCUCCAGCAAGGUGGCCGCGCUCGGCCCUCACUCCGUCAACGGCCACGCCGCUCCGCCUAUGGCGCCGGCCCCGACGAACGGGCCGGUGCUGGAUUUGAUCCCCGUGAGCAGUAUUAACGGCGGCGCCAAGAACAACAACCUGCCGGUGCCGCUGAAGAUCUCGGAUCUGUCCCCGGCGCCGAUGCACGGGUCGGAGCUGCGCGUGGCGUACCAGGGCGUGCCGGGCGCGUACAGCGAGAAGGCGGCCGGCAAGGCGUACCCGGGCUGCGACGCCAUCCCCUGCGACCAGUUUGAGGUGGCGUUCCAGGCCGUGGAGCUCUGGAUCGCGGACCGCGCCGUGCUCCCCGUGGAGAACUCGCUGGGCGGCAGCAUCCACCGCAACUACGACCUCCUGCUCCGGCACCGGCUCCACAUCGUCGGCGAGGUGCAGCUCCCCGUGCACCACUGCCUGCUCGCGCUCCCGGGCGUCCGCAAGGAGAACAUCACCCGCGUCAUCAGCCACCCGCAGGCGCUGGCGCAGUGCGAGCACACCAUCACCCGCAUGGGCCUCAACGUGGUCCGCGAGGCCUUCGACGACACGGCGGGGGCCGCCGAGUACGUGGCCGCCCACGGGCUCCGCGACACGGCCGCCAUCGCGUCGUCCCGCGCCGCCGAGCUCUACGGCAUGGAGGUGCUGGCCGACGGCAUCCAGGACGACUGCGGCAACGUGACGCGGUUCGUGAUGCUGGCAAGGGAGCCCAUCGUGCCGCGCACGGACCGCCCCUUCAAGACCAGCAUCGUGUUCGCGCACGACAAGGAAGGCACCUCCGUGCUCUUCAAGGUGCUCUCCGCCUUCGCCUUCCGCGACAUCACGCUCACCAAGAUCGAGAGCCGCCCACACCGCCACCGGCCCAUCCGCCUCGUCGACGACGCCAACCGCGGCACCGCCAAGCACUUCGAGUACAUGUUCUACGUCGACUUCCAGGCAUCCCUCGCCGAGCCGCGCGCGCAGAACGCGCUCGCCGAGGUCCAGGAGUUCACCUCCUUCCUGCGGGUGCUCGGGAGCUACCCCAUGGACAUGACCCCCAUGACCGCCGGCUCUUCCUCCACCGUUACAUCAUCCGAUCCCGAUUCGUAGCCGACCGGCGCCUUCCUCUCUUCUUCGAGGAGAAUGAGAAUCAGUAGCGACGUCGGUUAAUUUCUGGUCAUGUCGUCCUGCUCUCCUCCCUCGUUGCCGGGAGUAAUUAAUUUUGUUCUUCUACGUUUUUUCUUGUGAUAAUACGUGUAAUUGUGCCGUUUGAGCCAGUUUAAUCAGCAGUGAAUAUACCAGCUGUGAUGAGAUAGA